AGCGUGGUGGGGGUUUUUGCAACGGAAGGACUUUUUUUUGAGUCAGAGACGCUUCUGGUCACGCAUCAAACAAGAAAUAUUUAAAAGACGACGCAAUUCCGCUCGCGGCCAUCUUCAACCCUUCGAAUUGUAAUACAAACAAACCAAUACCCGAAUACCCGACCAAUAAUCGAUAGCAAUCACCAUGGCGGAUAACCAAACCCCCGCCGUCGAAGAAGCUGCCGCUGCCGUCGCCAAGCUCUACCUUGACGAAGUCACUGGCGAACAGGUUUCCAAGACCGAGCUCAAGAAGCGCACCAAGCAGCGUGAGAGAGAGGCCGAGAAGGCUAAGAAGGCUGAGGCUGCUGCUGCUGCCAACCCCGCUGCUGCUAAGCCCAAGAGCACAGAAGCUUCUGAGAAGGAGCUUACUCCCAACCAGUACUUUGAGAUUCGCUCGCGUGCUGUCGAUGCCCUCCACGAGCAGGGCAAGGCCUACCCUCACAAGUUCCACGUCAACUACGACAUCCGCAACUUUGAAAAGGAAUUCUCCCACCUCAAGAACGGCGAGAGUGACAAGACCAAGGAGAUUACCCUUGGUGGCAGAGUAUACGUCAAGCGCUCGGCUGGCUCCAAGCUCUACUUCUACGAUAUCCGCUCCGAUGGCACCAGACUUCAGGUCCUGGCUCAGGCGGACUUUGUCGGUGAGAACACUCCCGCUUUCGACGAGCAGCACAUCAACCUUCGCCGUGGUGACAUCAUUGGUGUCAAGGGUUUCCCUACCCGUACCAACCCCAAGAACAAGCAGGGCGAGGGUGAAUUCUCUGGCGAGCUUUCCAUUGCUGCCACCGAGGUUAUCCUUCUGUCUCCUUGCUUGCACCAGAUCCCCGAUGACCACUACGGCUUCAAGAACAACGAGCAGCGUUUCCGCCAGCGUUACCUCGAUCUCAUGAUGAACGACAAGGCCCGCAAUGUCUUCAUCACCCGCGCCAAGGUCGACUCUUACAUCCGCCGCUGGUUUGACGACCGCGACUUCGUCUCUGUCCAGACCCCCAUGCUCAACGUCAUUGCUGGCGGUGCCACUGCCAAGCCCUUCAUCACCCACCACAACGAUCUCAACAUGGACAUGUUCCUGCGUAUCGCCCCGGAGUUAUACCUCAAGAUGCUUGUCGUCGGUGGUCUUAACCGUGUCUACGAGAUGGGCCGUCAGUUCCGCAACGAAAGCAUUGAUCUGACUCACAACCCUGAAUUUACCACCCUCGAGUUCUAUAUGGCUUACGCUGACAUGUACGACCUCAUGGACAUGACUGAGGAGCUCGUUUCUGGCCUCGUCAAGCACAUCCACGGCACCUACAUCACCAAGUACCACAACGCCAAGGGCGAGGAGUUUGAGAUCAACUGGGAGGGCCCCUGGCGCCGUAUCCCCAUGAUUCCCACCCUCGAGGAAUGCACCGGCGAGAAGUUCCCUCCUGCCGAUGAGCUCCACACUGACGAGAGCAUCGAGUUCCUCAAGAAGGUCCUUGCCAAGACUGGCGUUGAAUGCAGCCCUCCCCUUACUAGCGCCCGUAUGAUCGACGCUCUUACCGGCGAGUACCUCGAGUCUCAGUGCAUCAGCCCUACCUUCAUUGUUGGCCACCCCAAGAUGAUGUCUCCUCUUGCCAAGAGCGACCGUGCCACCCCCGGUCUCUGCGAGCGUUUCGAGGCUUUCGUCUGCACCAAGGAGAUUUGCAACGCCUACACCGAGUUGAACGUUGCCUCUGAACAGCGUCUCCGUUUCGAGGAGCAGGCCCGCCAGAAGGCUCAGGGUGACGACGAGGCCCAGGAGGUCGACGAGACCUUCUGCAAGGCCCUUGAGCACGCUCUCCCUCCUACCGGUGGUUGGGGUAUGGGUAUGGACCGUCUGAUGAUGUUCUUGACCGACAACUGCAGCAUCAGAGAGGUUCUUGCUUUCCCUACCAUGAAGCCCGAGUAAGACCACUCACGAACAAAACGCGAGUCUGUCGUUUGCCUUUGUCCAGUUCAAAAUUAAAAAUGAAGAGAAAGAUGUUAUGGGGAAACAACUACGUUUCCUUCAAUGUAGAAGACUGCAGUACAGAUAGCCUUCAAUGAUGAAUAUGAAAUCAGUUAUUUGAUAUAUGUGUAUUUAAUUGCCGUCUUUAAGCGGCAUGCUUUAUCUUUGUCUACCUGCUUUUCUCGUGUCUGGUGUAAUCUGGUAUCGAAUAAUCUGCAGUGAUUCCCAAACAUAAAAACUGAAAACAAAAAAGCCUCUUGUCCAUCACAACGUAGACGACUCGGGAGCAUGAAGCAAAAAGAAAGAGGAAGGAAAGUAUGAAAUCCGCCAAACAAAAAACGCCGUGCUAUGUCUUCUUCUAGAUCAUCAUCAUGAUACGUGGCGCGCCACAGGCAGUUGCUUUAAAAAGUGCUUUAGAAAGCAAUGCGACGCUUGCGGCCAGUGUACUUGGACGUGGCCUUGACAAUCUUUCCCUUGCGCUCCAUCUGCUCCUUUUUCUUGAUGAUCCAGCCCUUGCUACCCUUCUUCAAGCCAGCAGCCUUGGCUCCCAAUUUGCGUCGGACAUCCUCCACAUCGACGCCCUCCAUGCCCUCGACGACAUUGGUAAUAUCACCUGUACCACCUUCACCACCAGCAGUACCGACAGUCAAGACAAGGUACAACUUGACGUUCUUGGUGCCGGGGUCAUCCUCGAGCAGACCAGCGCCAAAGCCAGCCUUGACAGCAGCCUGAGUAAUCAUGUUGCGCUGGGUGUCGUUUUUCGGGUAGAACUGGCAGACAGCACGGCCACCUCGGCGCAAAGAGGCAUACAGGCCGUUGAAGAAGCGCGUCAGACGACCGGCAGGCGACGUAUCACUUGUUUCGGCGCUGCAGAGCCACUGGAUGGCAGAGAUGGAGAUGGCGGCGUCAAAGGAGCCCGCGCGGAACGGCACACCUUGGCCCAUGUCGGCAAGCAUAAGGUCGCCCUCAACAUCGCGCUGAAGGGCAACGUCCAGCAUCGACGGCGACAGGUCCAUGCCGAUCCAUGUGUGAGGGCCGCCGUCCUCGGGGUCCACGGCGGACAGGAUCUCGCCUGACAGGCCGGAGCCACAGCCAAUGUCGAGGAUGAGCGAGGGGGACUUGAGGUCGAGAAGCUCGAGGGCGCGACGGGUCAUGGACGCUUGGAUAUUUUGGAUACGGGAGCUGGUGGUGUAUUUUCUGGCUUCGACAUCGUCGUAGUGGACGUCGGC